AUGCUCCACGUCUACCUGCCGCGCAUCGACACGGUCGCGAACUUCACGUCGGCGGACGACCGGGGCAAGAGCGGCCUCUCCGGCGAGCGCCACCUCUUCAACGCCGUCAAAGCGCGCGGCGUGCCGACGGCGCGCAUGCACGAGUUCUGCCUGCGGCGCGUCCGCGCGGGGGGGCAGAUCUGGGUCAAGGUCUUCACGCCCCGCGACGACCGCACGUGCCCCCUCGAGGCGCUGGACGUCUGCGACGACGGCUGCAUGGAGCGGCAGCCCGCGUGCGCGGCGGGCCGCGGCUGCCACCAGCGCGGCGUCCACAUCGCCGCGCGCCUCUUCGACGGCGAGGGCUGGUGCGACCCCCACGCGAGCACGGGCCACGCCUGCCGCUUCGACUACGAGAAGCUCGGGUUCGGACUAACCCCCGCGAUGUGGCGCUUGGCCCUCCUCGCCGCGGCCGCCGAGGCGGGCGUGCGGCUCACCGGGUUCAACGGGGGCAGCUGCCAGGAGUCGACGAUGAGCUGGGGCGACAGCGGCAUCACCGGCAUGAGCAAUCCCCAGCUCGCCGUCGACGGCCAAUGCGUCGCCCUCUACAUGGACGGCAAGGCGCGGAGCAUGCGCGUGGCCUGCCUGGACUCGGCGCGGGUCUCCCUCGAGAUGUUCGAGGACGACGGCUGCGACGACCGGUACCUCGAGCAGACGUACGACGACGACCAGUGCACGCGCUUCGACUAUGGAUGGUUUAUUUGGUAUGAGGACUACGCCAUCCGAUGGGAAUGCGUCGACGACUGCGAGGUCGACGCGGAGCUCUGCGAGAGCGCGGCGCCGUCCGUCAGCCUCUCGCCGACGGUCGUUCCUUCUUCUUCGCCGACGUAUCUGCCCACGACGCCGCCGUCGCCCGAGCCGUCCCUGCCGCCGUCGAUCGCACCGUCGCCAGCACCCUCAGGAUCGCCGACGCCGUCACCCUCGGUCCCGCCGUCACCCGCUCCUUCGACGGCCGCGCCGUCGCCGUCGCCCACGCCCGCGCCGUCGGGCGUGCCCCGGGACCCCGACGACGACGAGCUGAUCCCGGGCGUCGCGAGCGCGAAUCUCUACAUCAUCGUCGCCGUCGUCGGCGCGCUGCUGCUGCUCGCGGCCCUUGCGGCGCGGCGGCGGAUGGUGAGGAAACGGCCCGGCCGCGCGCUCCCGGCCAGCCGCCGGAGCUCCCCCCUCUUCAUGGAGGAGAUCGGCAGCUUCGAGGAGUCCAAGCACGACGACGACGUGCCGGAAGGGGUCGUGCUCGAGAUCGAGAGUCCAAAGUACGCGCGCAAGGUCGCGGCCGAGGAGGGCGUCAUGUCGCGCGCGCGGCGCGCCUCCAAAAAGGGCCUCCAGGCCGUCGCCGACGCGCUGCGCGGCCGGCCGGACGAUGAGCCCGCGGCCCUCGAGCUCACGACCGCGAGCGUGGCGCACGCGGCGGACCUCGUCGCGGCCGACGACGUCGCCCACGAGCACACGGACCUCGUCGUCGACGACGACGUCGUCGAGGCGUCGCCCGUCGAGGCCCGCGCCGUCGACGACGAGUGCAAGGCCGCGGACCCGCUCGUCGUCCCCGCCGCCGCCGUCGCCGCCGCGCCCGCGAGGCGCCAGUCCGCGGUGCGAUUCUGCUCCAACUGCGGCGCGGCCUACGGAGACGCGAAGGGCGACCGCUGCCCGAGCUGCGGGACGCCGCGACCCGUGGAGGCCGCGCCGGCGGAACCCUAUUUAUAG